CUCAAACAUCUCUUAUUAUGCCCUCAUCAAAAAAAUAAUUUUGGCUCUAUUUUUAUUUAUUCAUUUUUAUCCAUUAUAAUUUUGCAUAUCAUUCCUAAAUGCCUGGUUUCCUUGAUGAUAAAAUAAAAAAAUAACAAAAAUAAAAAAUAAAAAAUAAAAUGCUGGCCGUAAUAUACUGAAAUUCUUCCCACCCAAACUCCACAAGUAAUUUCCAAAAGCCAGCCGUUGUUGGGUCAGCAAACACCCGCUAGCUCCACACGUGGACAUCACCCGUUCGUUCUCCGCCAUCUCGCGGCCCAAAAUGCAUCCCAGACCGUCUAAACCGCAGAAGAUUCCGCGGCCUAUUUCAUCUCUUGAAUUGCAUCUAAAGCCAUACCUGCCAAGUAACGGAUCGGAUGAUCCAAGCCAUAUAUUUCGGACACAAGGCGUGAUCUGAAUCGUCGAUGCAUCGUGCUACGCCGUAGUCGAGAGUUCCCGCGAGUUAACCGACUAUCGUCGGCCAUAUUCAUCUGUUUUUUUCGCUGUUUGUCCAUUAUCAUCUUCGGUGAGAUCGCAGGAAAGGCAAAUCGAGUUCUGUCUGCAGAAGAUUGAGGAGCAAUGGAGGCGAUAAUGGUGAAUCCCCCAAACGGCAUUCCAUCUGAAGGUAAACAUUAUUAUUCGGUUUUCCGAAACACGUUUGAAAUCGACACGAAGUACAUGCUUCUCAAGGCGAUCGGCAGAGGAGCUUAUGGAACUGUCUGCUCCUCCAUAAACAUAGAGACCAACGAGAAGGUUGCGAUUAAAAAAAUUAAUAAUGUCUUUGAUAAUCCGAUCGAUGCGCUGAGAACUUUGCGCGAGUUGAAGCUCCUCAGACUUGUGCGCCACGAGAAUGUCAUUGCCUUGAAGGACAUCAUGGUGCCAGCACAAAGAAGAAAUUUUAAGGAUGUUUAUCUUGUUUAUGAACUCAUGGAUACUGAUCUCAAUCAUAUUAUUAAAUCGCCUCAGCCGCUUUCUAAUGAUCAUGUUCAGUAUUUUCUCUACCAGCUGCUGAGAGGAUUGAAGUACAUACACUCGGCAAACAUUCUUCACAGAGACUUGAAGCCCGGGAACAUCCUCGUCAACGCCAACUGCGACCUGAGGAUCUGCGACUUCGGUCUCGCUCGCUCCAGCUCCAGAGACAACCAAUUCAUGACCGAAUAUGUCGUCACCCGGUGGUACAGAGCCCCGGAACUCCUCCUCUGUUGCGAGAAAUACGGAACAUCGAUAGACGUCUGGUCGGUCGGCUGCAUCUUCGCCGAACUUCUCGGCCGGAAACCCAUCUUCCCCGGCACCGAAUGCCUCGACCAACUCAAACUUAUAAUCCAAGUCCUCGGCACCAUGAGUGAUGUUGAUAUCGAGUUCAUCGACAACCCUAGAGCUCGCCAAUUCAUUAAUUCUCUGCCAUACUCUCCUAGAAUCCCUCUAGCUUCUCGUUACCCCAACGCAAAUCCACUGGCACUAGAUCUCUUGAGCAAACUCCUGGUUUUCGAUCCCACGCGGAGAAUAAGCGUCGCGGAGGCGUUGGAACACCCGUACUUGUCGGAUCUCUUCGAUCCGAAUGCCGACCCGCUGACUGAGGUUCCUGUGGAGCUUAAUGUUGAAGAAGAUCUUGGAGAAGAAGAGAUCAGAGAAUUGAUGUGGGAGGAGAUGCUUUACUACCACCCUUUACAUUCUUGUUCGGGGGACUCUCAGUAAGCAAUUAAUGGUUUUAAUUAAUUAGUUCUAGAAGUUGAGUUUAGGAGUGUUGUGUUGAGAAAAACUGAUUUUAGUUUGUUUUUUAGUUACUGUUGUUUGUUUGAUUUAUUGGUUGUAUAUAGAUGUGUGUCUGAAAAUGUGUUUAAUGUG